ACGACAGUCAGAGAUUCCUAUCGAAGUCGAUUAUAAGACAAAAUUGACGGAACCAUCAUCAUGUUCAAGUGCACGUCCGCGUUUUUGAUCGUGGCGUUGGCCGCGUCGGUAUCGCUGGCCGUCAGCAUACCGACCGAACACCGGCCACAGGAACCGACCGCAGAGCCCAGCAACGUGGUGGUACACAAGAAACACAUCAAGCCUGACAAGAUCGUGCUCAUGUCGGAAGUGUCGUCGUCGCACGACGAUGGCGAGGACGAUAACGGCGGCAGCGGCCUACUGGAAUUGGGGAUGUCCGCUCUGCUGGAGGCGGUCAGCACGCCGAAGAAGAUCAUCGGCGCCGUGGCCGGUUACGUGAUCGGCAAACUCAAGUCGUUGAACCUCAAGAAACUCGUCAAGAUCGCCCUACUGGCCGCCCUGGUCACCGUGCUCGGGGCCGUGGCCACCGUGGCCGUGGCCGGUCUCGUGUCCAUCGUGUCGGCGGUGUGCGCGGUGCUGCCGUACCUGAAAUUCGUGUUCGGCGGCCACCACCAUCACCACCACAAGGGCGAGUCCACGUCCGAGUCGCAGAUCGACCUGGUCAGCGAGUUCAUGAUGAGCGCGCUCGAAAAGUACGACGACAAGCGCAAGGCGUGA